AUGCUUAUUUACAAGGACAUUAUCACCGGUGACGAGAUCAUCUCGGAUACCUACAACAUCAUCCCCGACGGCCCCGUCCUCUGGACAGCCGACUGCCGCAAAUACCUCAAGGGUGGUGAGAACUUCGAGCUCGAGGGCGCCAACCCCUCUGCCGAGGGUGGUGAUGAUGAGGAGGGCGGCGAUGGCGAGAAGGUCAUGGUCCAUGAUAUCGAGGACCAGUUCCGUCUCGUCUGGCUCAAGGACGAGGAGGGCAUGAAGCCGUCCAAGGAUAACUUCAAGAGCCACCUCAAGGCCUACGUCAAGGCUGUCAACAACAAGCUCAAGGAGAAGGGUGUCGCCGAGGACCAGAUCAAGGAGUUCCAGGCCGGCGCCGCGGCCGCCGUCAAGAAGAUCCUCGCCAACUACGAUAACUACGACAUCCUGAUGAACCAGUCCAUGGACCCCAACGGCAUGCACGUUCUGAUUGACUUUCGCGAGGAUGGUGUGACUCCCUUUGCCACCGUCUGGAAGCACGGUCUCGAGGAAAUGAAGGUCUAA